CAAACAAAAAGGCAGGACACUCGUUCUUCGCUCUCUUUUUGUCUUGCAAUCAUGGCUGCUAUCAACAAGAUCGCCCCCAACUCGCCGUCGAGGGCGAACCCCUCCGAGCUCGAGAGUGCGAUCGCCGGCGCGCUCUUCGAUCUCGAGAGCAACACGGGUGACCUGAAGGCGUCCCUGCGCCCCCUGCAGUUCGUCUCUGCUCGUGAGGUCGAGGUUGGCCACGGCAAGAAGGCUAUCAUCGUCUUCGUCCCCGUUCCCUCCCUGUCGGGCUUCCACAAGAUCCAGCAGCGCCUCACCCGUGAGCUGGAGAAGAAGUUCUCCGACCGCCACGUCCUGUUCGUUGCGCAGCGCCGCAUCCUGCCCCGCCCCAAGCGCUCGGCCAGCUCCCGCUCCUCCCUUACCCAGAAGCGUCCCCGUUCCCGCACUCUGACCGCCGUCCACGACGCCAUCCUCUCCGACCUCGUCUUCCCCGUUGAGAUCGUCGGCAAGCGCAUCCGCACCAAGGAGGAUGGCAGCAAGACCAUCAAGGUCGUCCUCGACGAGAAGGAGCGCGGCGGCGUUGACCACCGCCUCGACGCCUACGGCGAGGUCUACCGUCGUCUCACCGGUCGCUCGGUUGUCUUUGAGUUCCCCCAGAGCGGCGCCGCUGACUACUAGAAAGAGAGCGAGCGAGCGAGCGAGCGAGAGGAGCGAGAGACAAACACGGAGAAUUGAGAGAGAAAGAAAGGAGUUUAUUUUUUUUAUCCAAAUAUCACACAUAACCCCCCUGUUUCUCUCCAGUUCUUUUCCGAAUGAAAGAAUCAAUUUAAAAAGUUCAUAAC